CUGGGGAAUUUGCCUGCGCACGGCUCCGAUGAUGGAAACUGGACACACCAGCGUUUCACAUUCCGUUUCUCCGGCAACUGGUGAUGCAUUCGAUCACUCCCCCACAAGCACAAGCAGCUGAGUGCAAUGCGGGCAUCUUCUCUCGCUUAGUUCUAGUAGUCCUAGGUGUAGUACAGUGCUUAUACACUGCACACUGGGUGCCUGCACCUGAACUAAGAAGUAGAUCCACAACACAAACAGUUAUUUCUGAUCUAUUUAAUUCUAUCCAAGUUACUCCUACCAUAUUUGAUUUUGACUGUACAAAACAACGCUUUUUCUUUAUAAAAAAUUACGUAGCCGAUCACGGCUCCGAGCCAGCCACCAUCCGUUCUCGUUGUUCUUGUUUUGUCUUGUGUUGCCUUGCCAUACACACAAUAGCCAUGUGCGAGACCAAUGCUCCUGCGACGAGGCGGCCCUGUCCGCCUGCGCGGGCUUCUUUGCCAGGAUAAGCAAGAUACCAUCCCCCCAAAUGAUAUCCCGCUUGGAGAGACUGUUCGAUGCGUUUCUGUAAGGCCUCAGCAAGCGCACCGUCUGGACAUCAAGUUGAGUCGAUGAUGCUACGGUGGUCUCUAUAUAGCGAUGCAAGUGGUGGUACAAGAGGCUAAAGAGUUCAGGCUUCCUUCGCAGCGGCGUCAAUAUCCUCGGAUAGAAGAGAAAGGGAGAGGAGAUUCUCCAAUGGCAUUAAUUGCCGCAACGUCCGGCUU